AUGGGGAUUAAGCAACUGUCCAAGCUCCUGAAGGAGAACAGCGCGAAUGGGAUCAAAGAAAGGCCAUUGGCAUACUACUCGUCAAAAAGAAUAGCGAUUGAUGCCUCUAUGUCGAUAUAUCAGUUCUUGAUAGCUGUUAGGUCUGAUGGGUCGAUGCUAGGGAGCGGGGAUGCAACGACAUCCCAUUUAGUGGGGCUUUUUUACCGAACGAUUCGGAUGGUCGAACUGGGAAUAACGCCUGUGUAUGUGUUUGACGGGGCGCCACCUGAGAUCAAGAUGAAGGAGCUAGGAAAGAGGAAUGAGAGAAGAGCGAUGGCGGAUAAGGAAUACAGGGAAGCAUCUGAGGCUGGAGAUAAGAGGCUUAUGGAAAUGUAUGACAAAAGAAAGACAAAGGUGACUGGAGUCCAUGUUGAGGAGUGUAAAAGGCUUCUUGGGCUGAUGGGGAUACCGUUUGAGACAGCGCCCAGUGAAGCAGAGGCAUACUGUGCCUUUCUAUGCAGAAAAAGAAUUGUCUAUGGUGUUGCGACCGAAGACAUGGAUUCCCUGACGUUUGGAUCUCCUGUAGUGCUAAGAAACUUCAGUGGAGCCCAGAGCAAGAAGCUUCCUGUUGUCGAGUACAAUCUUCGGCAGUUGCUUGAGGAUCUUUCUUUGGAACAAAAUGAGUUUAUUGAUCUGUGUAUUCUCCUGGGGUGUGAUUAUUGCGACACCCUGAAAGGGAUAGGGCCCAAGAAGGCGCUGGGGCUUAUAAGGAAGCAUAGGAGUAUUGAGAGGAUUCUUCAGGAGGAGAAUCUGGAUGUGCCUGGCGGCUGGGGAUAUGAAGAGGCUCAGAAGAUAUUCAUGAAUCUUGGGGAGAUUGGUGAUUCAAGGGAGUUUAAUAUCUCCUGGAGUUCGAUCGAUAAAAGUGGGAUUGUGAAGUUUCUUGUUGAAGAAAAGGGAUUUGACCUGGAAAGAGUCAACAAAGGUGUCGAGAAGCUUAUAAACUCUAGAAAAAAGAGUAUGCAAGGGAGGCUGGAUGGAUUCAUAACAAAAAGCAAGUGA